CAUACCACAAACCCCAUGUCCAUUUUCUUCUGUGAUCAAUUUGUUCCUCUUCAAAAUUAUACAAGAAGCAAAGCACAACGCUUUGAUAAAAAAUAUUGGAAACUACACUAGCAAUACGAACCAAACAAUGAAGACUUGCCAUGCCACUGCCCCAACUCGCUCAAAUCGUUUUCUCCUUUUUAACAACUUUACACAACAACAAGCAGAGUUUUAAAACCAAUUCUUUGUAGAUACAAGAAGAAGAAGAAGAAGAAGAAGAAGAGUCUUAACACGUUUAAAGUCUCCACCUUUGGGUUCUGUAGCUCAUUCUGCUUUCUGGGUUUAAUCUCAAAAGGGAAGGCAGAGCUUUGCUUUGCGUUUGUGGAUGGGGGUUUGUUGUUCGUACUUGUCUUCAUCGGCACCACCGCUGGUUCACCAUUAAAGCCUCCCCACCCUCAUUUUGAGGUCAUUUGUUUUGUUAUUUUCUGUAUCAAAGUGGAUUGCUUUUCACCUUCGUGAUGCUUCUUUGUCAUGUUGUGGCUCCUCGCUGGCUCUAUAUAGCUUAGAUAACAAAAGAGAAAUUGAAAAGGAAUCGUUUUUGAUACAGAGAGAGAGAGAGAGAGAGAGAGAGAGAGAGAUGUCUUCGUUUUCCGUGAUGAUGAGAUAAAAGCCUGUUUGUUUCCAUGUGCAAUGUGUCCUCCUGUGCAGGUUUUGUUGCAUCUCAAAACCCAGAUGGUGAAAUGCCCACACGAUUCGAUCGCUUCUUCUUCUUCUCCUUCUUCUUCUUAUUAUUAAUACUAGCUCUAAUCCACUUUCACUUCUCUCUGUUUGUUCAUAAAGUUGAGACCUAUAGCUCUGUUCUGCAAUGGGUCUCACUCUGUUGCUCCACAAAAUCCCAGCUUCUUCAUUGUUCUUAUCUUUUCCUAACCCAGUUCUGCAAUCCCAGAUGACCCUUUUGGCUGCUGUGCAAGAGCUUCCCUUUCUGGAGCUCUCUUCAAUUUUCAUUAAUUUGGCACUGGUUAUUGCAUUUCUGUUGGUUGUUUCUGUCCGGCGGAUGUUUGUCUGUCUUGGCCGGAUUAGGGUGGUGAAGGAUGAUUUGGGUUUAAGUGGGAACCCAAUGAGGGAUGAUAGUGUUGUUGAUGGGGGAAUUCAGGAGGUUAGAGUUGGUACGGACUUUAAAUUUUCAGUUUUUUGCUGUAUCUAUGUGUUGUUUGUGCAAGUUGUGGUGUUGGGGUUUGAUGGGGUUGGUUUGGUUAGAGGAGGGGGAGGAGGAAGGGGUGAGGUGGUGCAUUGGUCUGUGCUUUGCUUACCAGCUGCACAUGCUUUAGCUUGGUUUGUGCUGAGCUUCUCGGUUUUGCAUUGUAAGUUCAAGGCUGCCGAAAAGUUGCCAUUUCUGAUGAGGGUUUGGUGGGUUGUGUCAUUUGGCUUGUGCUUGUGCACUUUGUAUGUUGAUGGGAGAAGUUUUGUAGAACAAGGGUUGAUACACCUUCGCUCUCAUGUUGUGGCUAAUUUUGCAGCCACACCAGCUCUAGCGUUUCUCUGUUUCCUUGCUUUUAGGGGUGUGACGGGUGUGGUAGUUUGUAGAAACUCUGAGCUUCAAGAGCCAUUGCUUGAAGAAGAAGCAGGGUGUCUUAAGGUUACACCUUAUAGUGAUGCUGGGAUUUUCAGCUUGGCUACACUAUCUUGGAUAAACCCUCUUCUUUCAACUGGGGCAAAGAGACCGCUUGAGAUCAAGGAUAUUCCUCUACUGGCACCAAAAGAUCGAGCCAAGACCAACUAUAAGGUCUUGAAUUCAAAUUGGGAAAAACUGAAGGCUGAAGAUCCUUCAAGGCAACCUUCUUUAGCGUGGGCAAUUCUCAAGUCCUUUUGGAAGGAGGCAGCUUGUAAUGCUAUUUUCGCUGGCUUGAACACUCUUGUUUCAUAUGUCGGUCCUUAUAUGAUCAGCUAUUUCGUUGAUUACUUGGGGGGGAUAGAGACUUUCCCUCAUGAAGGGUAUAUCCUUGCUGGGACCUUCUUUGCAGCGAAGCUAGUUGAGACCAUAACAACUAGGCAGUGGUAUCUUGGGGUGGACAUUUUGGGUAUGCAUGUACGAUCAGCUCUGACGGCAAUGGUAUACAGAAAGGGACUCAGGCUUUCCAGCUCAGCCAAGCAAAGUCACACUAGUGGAGAGAUAGUUAACUACAUGGCUGUUGAUGUUCAGAGGAUAGGGGACUAUUCCUGGUAUCUUCAUGACAUAUGGAUGCUUCCUCUGCAGAUUGUUCUUGCCCUUGCAAUUCUAUACAAGAAUGUUGGAAUUGCUUCUGUUGCUACAUUGAUUGCCACCAUUAUCUCCAUUGUUCUUACUGUACCCUUGGCAAAGAUACAAGAGGAUUAUCAAGACAAGUUGAUGACUGCCAAGGAUGAGAGAAUGAGGAAGACUUCUGAGUGCCUGCGGAACAUGAGAAUUCUCAAGUUGCAAGCUUGGGAGGACAGAUACCGACUGAUGUUAGAAGAGAUGCGUAGUGUGGAGUUUAAAUAUCUACGCAAAGCCCUCUACUCGCAAGCUUUUAUCACAUUCAUGUUCUGGAGCUCUCCUAUAUUUGUUUCAGCAGUCACAUUUGGUACUUCUAUAUUUUUGGGUACUCGUCUCACUGCAGGUGGUGUUCUUUCUGCUCUAGCCACUUUCAGGAUCCUCCAAGAACCACUCAGGAAUUUCCCUGACCUGGUAUCGAUGAUGGCUCAGACAAAAGUUUCCCUUGAUCGUAUUUCUGGGUUCUUGCAGGAGGAAGAGUUGCAGCAAGAUGCAACAAUCGUCCUGCCACGGGGCAUCACAAGCACAUCAAUAGAAAUUAAAGAUGGCGUGUUUAACUGGGACCCUUCCUCUGCAAGACCAACAUUAUCAGGAGUCCAAAUGAAAGUGGAAAGAGGGAUGCGUGUGGCUGUAUGCGGAAUGGUUGGUUCUGGAAAAUCAAGUUUUCUUUCUUGCAUACUCGGGGAGAUCCCAAAAAUCUCCGGUGAAGUAAAGUUGUGUGGUACUGCUGCUUAUGUUUCUCAGUCAGCAUGGAUACAGUCUGGUAAUAUUGAAGAAAAUAUUCUUUUUGGUAGCCCCAUGGAGAAACCAAAAUACAAGAAGGUUAUUCAUGCUUGUUCACUGAAAAAGGAUUUGGAACUAUUUUCACAUGGAGAUCAGACCAUAAUUGGUGAUAGAGGCAUAAAUUUGAGUGGUGGCCAGAAGCAACGUGUGCAGCUUGCAAGGGCACUGUAUCAAGAUGCUGACAUUUAUUUACUUGACGACCCCUUCAGUGCAGUUGAUGCACACACUGGAUCAGAGUUGUUUAAGGAAUACAUAUUAACAGCAUUAGAAGACAAGACUGUUGUCUUUGUGACCCAUCAAGUCGAAUUUCUGCCUUCUGCUGAUUUAAUCCUGGUUCUUAAACAUGGGCGUAUCAUACAAGCAGGAAAAUAUGAUGAUCUUUUACAGGCAGGAACUGAUUUUAAGACUCUAGUCUCAGCACACCAUGAAGCAAUUGAAGCUAUGGAUAUUCCUAAUUAUUCAUCAAGCGACUCAGAUCACAGCUUGUGUCCAGAUGGCUCUGUCAAAAAUGGUGAUGCAACAAGCAGUAGUGUUGAUUGUUUGGUGAAGGAAGUGCAAGAAGGUCCAUCAGCUGCAGAGCAGAAAGCAAUUAAAGAGAAAAAGAAGGCAAAGCGUGCAAGAAAGAAGCAGCUUGUGCAAGAUGAGGAAAGGGUAAGAGGAAGAGUCAGCAUGAAGGUUUACUUGUCAUACAUGGCUGCAGCAUAUAAAGGAUCGCUGAUUCCACUCAUAAUCAUUGCACAAGUAAUAUUUCAAUUCCUUCAAAUUGCUAGUAGUUGGUGGAUGGCUUGGGCGAAUCCUCAAACUCAGGGAGAUCAGCCUAAAGUGACUGCUAUGGUCCUUCUUGGUGUAUACAUGGCCCUUGCAUUUGGGAGCUCUUGGUUUAUAUUUAUUAGGGCUGUGUUAGUAGCUACAUUUGGUCUAGAAGCUGCACAGAAAUUGUUUUUGAAGAUGCUUAGGAGUGUUUUCCGCGCACCAAUGUCUUUCUUUGACUCUACCCCUGCUGGACGAAUCUUGAAUCGUGUAUCGAUUGAUCAAAGUGUGGUGGAUCUUGAUAUACCUUUUAGACUUGGUGGGUUUGCUUCAACGACAAUACAGCUUAUAGGCAUUAUCGGUGUGAUGACCAAAGUUACCUGGCAAGUUUUGCUUCUUGUUGUUCCUAUGGCCAUUGCUUGUUUGUGGAUGCAGAAAUAUUACAUGGCUUCGUCAAGGGAAUUAGUACGAAUUGUUAGCAUUCAGAAAUCUCCAAUUAUCCAUCUUUUCGGUGAGUCAAUUGCAGGGGCAGCCACAAUAAGAGGAUUUGGACAAGAAAAGAGGUUUAUGAAGAGAAAUCUAUAUUUCCUCGAUUGUUUUGCUCGCCCAUUCUUUUGCAGUAUUGCUGCUAUUGAAUGGCUCUGCCUAAGGAUGGAGUUGCUCUCGACUUUUGUGUUUGCUUUCUGCAUGCUUUUACUUGUGAGCUUUCCACAUGGAACCAUUGAUCCAAGCAUGGCGGGUCUUGCUGUAACAUAUGGCUUGAAUUUAAAUGCACGAUUAUCACGGUGGAUACUUAGCUUCUGCAAGCUUGAGAACAAAAUUAUCUCCAUAGAAAGGAUUUAUCAGUACAGUCAAAUUCCAAGUGAAGCCCCCCCAGUUAUUGAAGAUUCUCGUCCUCCAACAAGAUGGCCAGAGAAUGGAACAAUUGAACUGCAUGAUUUAAAGGUUCGUUACAAGGAAAGUCUUCCUGUAGUGCUUCAUGGGGUAUCUUGCACUUUUCCUGGCGGAAAAAAGAUUGGAAUUGUUGGACGUACUGGAAGUGGCAAAUCCACUUUGAUCCAGGCCUUAUUUCGACUGAUUGAACCAGCAGGUGGAAGAAUCCUUAUAGACAAAAUAGAUAUUUCUACACUUGGUCUUCAUGAUCUCCGUAGUCGUCUCAGUAUCAUACCCCAGGAUCCUACCUUAUUUGAAGGAACUAUUAGGGAAAAUCUUGAUCCCCUUCAAGAGCAUUCGGAUCAUGAAGUUUGGCAGGCACUUGACAAAUCUCAGCUUGGAGAGGUAAUCCGCAAAACAGAGCACAAGCUUGAUUCACCAGUGCUAGAAAAUGGAGAUAAUUGGAGUGUGGGGCAGCGACAACUUGUUUCUCUGGGCCGGGCAUUGCUUAAGCAGGCCAAAAUACUGGUGCUUGAUGAAGCAACAGCAUCAGUUGAUACGCAGACAGACAACCUCAUCCAGAAAAUCAUUCGAUCAGAGUUUAAGAACUGUACUGUGUGCACUAUAGCUCAUCGCAUACCAACCGUCAUUGACAGUGAUGUAGUAUUGGUUCUUAGUGAUGGUCGAGUGGCAGAGUUUGAUACUCCUCAAAGGCUGUUAGAAGAUAAAUCAUCCAUGUUUCUAAAAUUGGUGACCGAGUAUUCAUCAAGGUCAUCAGAUUUUUGAAUCAGAUGGCAUGCCAUUGAACCUUUGAUUCAAAGGCAGCAAGAACAAAUGUACAAAUUGAAGCAGUUGCCGCCACUUCCCUUGCUGCUGCUUCGUUCGGCAAAGUUGAAAGCUAAUUGGGAGAGAUAUGCACCAUUAUCAACCCAAUACCCCAUAAGAGGAAACUUGUUUCCAAUCUACAGGGAUUAUGCACUAAUUCAUCCCCCAAAACAAACGGGGGAAUUGUUUCAUGGUUAAAAAUAAGUCGGGUUAGUGUGGUUUAUAAUAAAUAACAGUCGACAGAAGAGGCAAAUAUCAGGAGUGAAGUCGUGUCUAGUCAUGUUCAAUAAUGUAGUCCUUAGAUUGGAAGCUGUAGGUCUAUGUAGUUAGUGAAUAGGUGGAGCUGGGUUGUAAUGUUUUUGAUCUGAAAGGAUUAGUUAAUGUUCAUCCACAAUUUUGGUGGCAAGAUUAUAGUUUUGUCUUCUAGAAUCCUAAUUCCAACUAUUUACUCUGCUGUACUUGGUACUGAAUGAGCUACAUCAGUUUAUACAACCUUGCAUAUCCUCUUGUUUUGCUGAGGUAAGUUACAUGCAA